GUCCUCGACGAUGUCUUCCUCGGAUUCAUCAUGUUACACGGUCGUAUUCGAGUCCAGCGCCGAGUAUCCGUCGGCCUCCGAGCUGCGCUCAGGCCUGGAGAAGGGUUCUGACGAGGUCAAAAUCGACACGUUGCGCAAAAUCAUCAUUUCGACCAUCAAUGGCAACCCCCAACCAACAUUAAUGAUGCCUAUCAUCCAAUUCGUCAUGCCUUCACGGAACAAGCAACUGAAGAAGCUCCUGCACUUUUACUGGGAAGUGUGUCCGAAAUAUGACGAGAAUGGGAAACUGAAGCAGGAGAUGAUACUUGUUGUGAACGCCAUUCGAAACGAUCUUCAACAUCCCAACGAAUACAUUCGCGGCGCGAGUCUGCGUUUCCUCCAGAAGAUCGCGAAAGACGCCGAGCUUCUAGAACCACUAAUACCCACUUGUAGAUCAUGUCUCGAGCACCGCCAUUCCUACGUCCGCAAAAACGCAGUGUUCGCCCUCUACUCCAUCCACCACGAAUUCGAACAUCUUAUACCCGAUGCCGCGGAGCUCAUGUACACCUUCCUCAUUGCCGAAUCUGAUUCGACAUGCAAGCGGAAUGCUUUCGUCUUCCUUGCCCAUUGCUCAAUGCCCAAAGCUGUGGAAUACAUCCUGAGCAUUUACGAGACGAUCCCGGCGCUCGACGAGGGGCUUCAAAUGAGCAUUAUCGAGAUCAUUAGAUUGGACUGCAAGAACGACUCGGCGCAUAGGUCAAGAUACAUUCGCUGCAUCUUUGAGCUACUUAACGCUCCUUCCCACGCCGUCAAAUAUGAAGCUGCCACCACCCUCACCACUCUCACCCAAAAUCCGGCGGCUAUCAAAGCGGCCGCAUCCUGCUUCAUCACGCUGGUCAUCAAAGAGUCGGAUAACAAUGUCAAGCUUAUCGUGUUGGACCGACUGGACACCCUUCGCUCGAAACAUGGGCAUGUUCUAGAUGGCCUUAUCAUGGACGUCCUUCAAAUCCUGACCAGUGCUGACAUGGAGGUCCGGCGAAAGGCAAUUAGCAUCGUCUUGAGCAUGACUUCCAGUAGAAACGUGGAAGAGGUCGCCUUGUUCCUCAAGAAGCAGCUGCAAAAGACACAGGAGGCGGAUUUCGACAAGGCCGCCGACUACCGACAACUCCUGAUCCAAUCGAUCCACGUCAUGGCCAUCAAGUUCUCCGAAGUGGCUGCCAGCGUCGUCCAUGCGCUGAUGGACUUCCUCGGAGACUCAAACAACCCCAGUGCGCUUGACGUAGUCUCUUUUGUUCGGGAGGUAGUUGAGAAAUUCCCUCGUCUUCGAGCAACGAUUUGCGAGAAAUUGAUCUCGACGCUCCCCGAAAUCAAGUCAGGCAAAGUCUUCCGAGGCAUCCUUUGGAUUCUUGGGGAAUACGUCGAGUCCGUUGCCGACAUUCAAAGCACUAUGCAGGAGAUUCGAAAGGUGCUAGGGGAGAUUCCGAUCUUGGCUUCUGAACAGAGAUUGUUGGAUGCAGCAGCUGGUGUGGACGGAGCCGGAGACGAGGCGAGUGAUAAAGAGAAGCCCAAGGCUGAUGGUGCCAGUAGGCCCAAAGUGUUGGCGGAUGGGACGUAUGCAACUGAAACGGCGUACACGAGCACUACCGCCGCGAGGCUGGAGGCUGUGAAGGCCGCUGCGAAGCCCCCUCUACGAACCUUAAUCCUGGGUGGCGACUUUUUCACUGGCUCCGUUCUUGCUGUUGCCUUGACGAAGCUAGUUUUGCGUUUCGAUGACAAGUCACAGGACCCUUCUGCCUCAAAUAUUCUUCGCGCUGAGGCCAUGCUGAUCAUGACCUCGAUCAUCCGCGUUGGUCAAACCAAGUUUGUCACGGUCCAGAUUGACGAGGACUCCAACGAACGUAUCAUGUCUUGCAUUCAAACCCUGAGUGAACUCAAGUCGCAGCCUGCUGUUCACGAAGCGUUCUUGGAGGACACCCAAGCAGCGUAUACGAAGAUGCUGGGUGCUCAAGAGAAACGCGCUGCUGAAAAGAAGGAAUCCGAGACGACGAAAGCUGUUGUUGUCCAAGUUGACGAUCUGUUGACUUUCCGCCAGUUUUCCAAAAAGACGGCGGAUGAUGCCAUCGAUUAUGAUGAGGAUGUCGGCAGGGCCACUGGCUCUGCUGAAGUCCAGGAGGACUUUAUGUCGAACCUUAGCCGUAUCUCGCAGCUUACUGGCUUCUCGGACCCCAUCUACGCGGAAGCCUACGUCAAGAUGCAUGGUUUCGAUAUCCUUCUUGAUGUUUUGCUCGUCAAUCAGACAGGUAACACCUUGCAGAACCUCUGCUUGGACUUUGCUACUCUUGGGGACCUCAAGAUUGUCGAGCGCCCUGCGGUGUAUACCAUCGCCCCUCACGGCUUCCAAAGCAUCAAAGCCACCAUCAAGGUUUCGUCGACGGAGACUGGCGUCAUCUUCGGCAGCAUCCUAUGGGAAGGACAGAAUAUGGCUGAGGCUUGCGUUAUCCUCAACGAUAUCCACAUCGACAUCAUGGACUACAUCAAACCCGCGUACUGUACCGAGCAUCAAUUCCGUAGCAUGUGGACCGAGUUCGAAUGGGAGAACAGAGUCAAUGUUAACUACCCUCUAUCCGACCCCCGUGAAUACCUGAAGCAUGUCAUGAAAACGACCAACAUGUCCUGCCUCACACCAGAAGGCGCCACUUCAGGGGAAUGCGACUUCCUCUCCGCGAACAUGUAUGCUCGCAGUCUUUUUGGUGAGGACGCCCUGGCGAACUUGAGUGUGGAGCGGACGGAGGCGGGCACGAUUACGGGUCAUGUUCGUAUUCGGAGUAAAACGCAGGGCAUUGCCCUCUCUUUGGGUGACCGCAUUACGAUGGGUAAGUUUUCAGCUUCUCCAGCAGGAGAGUGGAUUCGCUUAUAUGGAUUGUUUUCGAUUGUAGCUCAGAAGGAUAAUAAGGCCCUUCCUGUAUAA